UCGUGGCGACUGAUCGUGUCGACGCUCGUGAAAUUGGCGUCGCGGUUGAAAAACGCGUUGGGAAGCGUCGUCGCGAUAUCGCUCGGAUCGCGAGAUAAUUCACGGCCGAUGCUGAAAUGACGCGGGUGUAAUUGAAAACGUUUGACAGCCGAGAGAGAGGAUUAGUCUUCCGACAGGCUGAUGCCCGGGCAGUGCAGGGAGGCGAGGAAGCUUGUCAGUCACUAACACCGCGAAAUAGGAGCUCGUGCCGCGAUAGAGCCACGCGAUAGUAAAUCACAAGGUGGCGAGAUUUCGCGCGGCUGUCAGACGGAAAACGCUGUUUCGCUGACUGACAACACUCUCUUCAGCACGUCACGCCGCAGGCAAGGCGGAGGGUUGUACGAAUCGCUGCGUCGAGAACGACGCGGCACCGCUGUCUUGUUACUUUCGUUACUGUCAUUAUUCCGCUUAAACGGUAAAGUCAACUAACUCCACAGCUUUCUCUACUUCUCUCUCACUCCGACAACAACCUGACGCCGAUCUCUCAUCUUCGCUCCGAUCCGGAUCGUAAAUAACGCCACGCACUUUGGCUUGUAACACCUGGCGAACGAACCCAACACCCGGGGCCAGCCGCAUGUACGUGUGUGCUACCGCGGUGGAAUCCCGCUCGUAAUGACUCGUAAUUGCGCGGAGGAGGAGCCGACGUCGUGCUGGAACGAUUUAAGGGACACCUAGCAGCGCCACCCGCGCCCCUCCGCUAUAAUGAUUAGGUGCACGCGACCACAAGGAUUACCUGGUUGAGGUUGGAGGACCUCCGGUGCUCCGAGACGCGAGGGUGGACGGUCGUCGACCGGCUGAAAUCUGAAUACCGACGAGAGCGGUCGAUCGCGAAGAACACACGUCCCCCUCGUUCGAGCGACUCUCCGCGGCCGAUCGUUAACACGGAUCGGCGACACGCUUCACGGCGCACUCGAUCCUGAGGAAGGAUUCAAUUGAAAAAAGGGCGUAAUGGACACGUCACCGACGUUAAGCAUCGGCGGUUCGAGGGCCAGAGCGGCCCUUUUGACUACCAGCGGCACCGGAACCGGGAGCACCGACAGACGGGUCGUCUUUUUAGCAAGUCAACCGACGUCGGUCGGCAGUAGUCACGAGACCAAGACCUGGCCUCACCAUUGGUCGCCGCACACGACCGGAAACAGUUACAAAUCGCCGGAGGAAUCGCCGCACACGGAGCACAGCAGACUGAGGAUGUCGUCUCGAGGCCAAGGGGGAUGGUCCGACGAACCCUGCACUUCCGGUGGUGUAAGUCGUCGCGGUGGCGCGCGACAAACUGCGGGGCCUUCCACAAGAUCGUCAACUUCCGCCCUCGAGGAACACACUUCCGGUAGCACGCCGUGUAAAAGCGGCUUCAGAUUAGGUGUCUACGGCUGGAGAAAGAGAUGUCUGUACACACUGGUGUUAACUCUCACGGUCAUUGUCAUUGUCAACCUCGCCCUCACCGUCUGGCUGCUGAAAGUCAUGGGAUUUAGUUACGAAGGUAUCGGUUCGCUAAAAGUGGUGCCUGGGGGAAUCGAGCUGAGAGGUCAAGCUGCCGUGUUAGACGCUCUCGUGGCCUCCAGCUUGAGAUCUCGAAGAGGCAAAAACCUGGUGCUAGAAUCGUGGAGUAAUUUUACGGCAUCCGCGCGAUCCCACGACGGACGGCUCCUGGCGCGAUUAACAGUCGGAGAGGAUCGGGUCGACUGCGUGUCCCGGAGCUUCCGAAUAACAGAUCCUCAAGGAGGAUUGCUCUUCUCCGCGGACAAAAAACAGGUUAUCGUCGGGGCGGAAAUAUUGAGGGUGACCGGUGACGGAGGUGCAGUUUUUCAGGGUAGCGUGCAGACUCCGAUAGUGAGGGGAGAAUCGGGUCGCGGUCUCAGGCUCGAGUCAGCCACGAGAUCGUUGAAGAUCGCCGCUCCUCAGCAAGUGGUGAUCGAGUCAUGGGCGAAUGAGAUCUCGGCGACCUGUCUGACCGACAUGAACCUGCACAGCGCUCACGGGGCCAUCAGGCUCGACGCCAAGUCCGUCUACAUGAAGGGUCUGAAGACGGCGAUCCCGGUGCAAGGGCACUCGUCCAGGGAGCAGCAGCAGCACACGGGCAGAUCGUCCUCGUCCGCUCAUCAGAGUCAGAGGGAGACCAGCAUCUAUCAACUGUGUGCGUGUGCGAGCGGCAAACUGUUUCUCGCAAGGCCCGAGGGUAGUUGUCAGGCCGACAAGUCGAUUUGCUAAUAUGACACAACUCGGGUUGGAGUGUAUCGCGACGAUGUAUCGCGAUUAAAUAUUUGUUUAGGCAAUCGUGACGAACAUUACUGUGGUGACGAGUCGCGGUGAUUAGCGAUAAGAAAGAGAGGAAAGGAAGAGAAGACCGUGCCGCGAUCGGCGCGAUCGGGGACGAGGCCUUUCAUGGAACACUACAAAUAUGAUAUCAAACGAAAAAAAAAAAUCCACCGCGCCGAACGAGGGCGAGGACGUCGAGCGCGCGACGUGCGUCAGGAUAUUACUCGCGACGCCUCGUGACGAGAGGAAAACACUGUCGACGUAGCCUAAGGUAAAUUGAUUGUUCUCGACGCGCGUUAUUUUUUCGACAAAAUGCGGUGAGCGGCCGAUAAAGCUUUUAGUGAGGCUUUUCAAGUGCUACGCGUUAUAUUUGAGAAUCUAUAUUUGGGAGUCUGAUCUGGUUGCCAAACGAGCGGCGUCUGUGUGAAUUAAUUAAACGGAAUUGCGUUUUGGUUGCGCCACGGUGUCUCUCAUGGUGUUUUUUUUUUUUUUUUUUAUUUACGAUUCAGUCAAGGUUCAGUCGAGUUUUCGCGUAAGAAAAUAAUCGAAAGUUAAUCUUGUGUUUAUAAAGCAUCAGUUCUCUCUCUUGAGAAUGUUCUUGAAGAACCAUCCGGCCGCGCAUCUGAGAGAUAUGCGCGAAUAAACGCGCGCGUCAAGCGGAGAACGCGGGUUCUGUUGUGUUGCGCGCGUACAUACAUAAAGAAAAAUUCUCGCGAGAUCCUAACCACCGACCGGAAAAAUUCCCUCGGAUUCGCGGGCAUUCGGAAAAUUCCCUCUUCAGAAGAAUAUAUCCUCGGAGCGACAUAUUCAGCGGAGUCUUCCCUUUCAACUUUUUCUCCCGCGCCGCGCCGUUGGUCAGCGUGACGCAUGGAAAAGAAGAAAGGGCGAUUCUCGCUAAAGUUCCUCGUGUGCAUGUGUGUGUUCGUGUGUGUUGGUGUGUGUGUUGUGUGGUGGUGUCAUACUAGCGCGAUGUUUUCCUCGGCGUUCCGAGGCAGGCGCCGCUCGCUUGUUUGGCGGAUUCGGCUCAAACUUGUACAUUUUCCCCGACGGUGUGUCGGAGGAUCCUCCCAGGAGCGUCCAUCGGGAAUUCGCCGACCAACAGGGACCGGAUUUCUGUGGUGUACUGCGAACAAGAUCGUACAGUUAGUUUCCAAAAUAUGCGGCGUCGAUAACACACAAAUAUAUUCAAGAGCAAACCAAAAACGUUAUUUAUUGCAAAAACAAAAAAACAGAAAUUUACAUUACUCGCGCAAGUGAAAACUAACUGUAUGUAAACUGUAUGUAUACGCUGACACACUCGUCGUCGACGCUGCACCGCGCGCGGUGCGCAUCUCAAAGGACCGAAUUCUCAUCUCCGCUCGUUUGGCGCUGAACGUUUGGCGCUGCAAACUUCUUCUUCGUAUUUUAAGUUUGAAACGAGAUUGUGUAAAAAGAGAUAUGCAAAAACUCGGGCGACUGCGUUUGGCGCUAAAUACAUACGAGACGCAGACGCGACGUUGACACUGUGCUAAUAAAUAGACAGAUUAAAAAAAAAAAAGAAAACAAAAAAAAACAAAAAAGGAGAUACGAAUCUGAGACGUUGUCGCGCACAGAUGAAACGCUUCGUCGAGCGCGGUGCCCGAUACAAAUCGAAUAAAAGAUCCUCGAUACUCCUCGCUUUACGUUUUCGUUCCCAUCCCAUGUUGUAGCACCUUUGCCGCGCAUCCUUCGUUCGAUACUUUCUAGUACUUCGUACCCUGUACACGCCUUGCGUGGGCGUAAAACCACUUGUAGGCAAAAUCGUCGGUAGCUCCCGCGAGUCCGCACACACGGGAGAUCGCGCGGGGGAGAUCCUUUCAGGGUGAUUACUCCUCGCAAAUCGCUUACUUCUAAACGCGGUGUCUGUUUACCCUCACCCUUCCUCCUCUCCCCCGUGCCCCGAUACAAAAAAAAAAAAAAAGUAGAAGCGUUGUUGUAAGUAGAGCGACGGCUGCAUCGGGCUGCGCGUGAUGUCGCCCGUUAAGGGAGAGAAAGGGAGAGAAAGAGAGAAAGAAAGUUCAGUGUGAGAGAGCGCGAGGCGUGUGAGAAUGCGAACGAACGUAGUUUGACGCAACCGGAUCGGAUUGCGAUCCAGCUUGUACGCUGUACAUCGGCCAUGUCCAGUUAUUUAUGUAUGUGGC